CCAGAAGCGAGAGCUCACUCGUGUCAGACACAUUCUGCCAGACUCCACAUUUUAAUUCAUUCAAGAUUCAGAACAGCUGUAUUAAAUCAGUAUGGCGAAGUGGGGAGAAGGAGACCCUCGCUGGAUCGUGGAGGAGAGAGCGGAUGCUACAAACGUCAACAACUGGCACUGGACGGAGAGGGACGCCACAAACUGGUCAUCGGAGAAGCUGAAGGAGCUGCUCAUGGGAUUGUGUGUGGAGAGUGAAGAAGGCAAGUGUGAGGUCACAGAGGUCAGCAAGGUGGAGGGAGAAGCAUCCAUCAAUAAUCGCAAAGGGAAGCUUAUAUUCUUCUAUGAGUGGAAUCUGAAGGCUGCCUGGACAGGGACAUCAAAAUCAGGCAUCAAAUACAAGGGGAACAUUGAAGUUCCAAACCUUUCAGAUGAAAAUGACAUGGACGACCUUGAUAUCAGUGUGAGUCUUUGUAAAGAUGAGCCUGAGACGGCGCUGCUUUCUCUGAUGAGGAAGGAGGGAGCUGAUAAAAUUCGCACAGCACUGGCCAGCUAUGUGGGGUUCCUCAAAACAGAGUUCACACAGGGCAUGAUCCUGCCCACAGCCAAUGGUGUGACAAAACAGCAAACAGCCCAGGCAACAACUAAGACAAGCAAAACUCAGAUUGGCUCAUGUAGCACCGCUCCUCCUCCUUCCAACACAGGGGUAAAAAUCCCCACCUGCAAGUUCUCAUUAAAGGACACCUUCCUCACCUCACCAGAAGAGCUUUACAGGGUGUUUCUCAAUCAGGAGUUGGUUCAGGCUUUCACACGCAGUGGCGCCAUGGUUGAGGCUGAAAAAGGUGGGAAGUUUCGCCUUUUGGACGGAAAUGUGAAUGGAGAGUUUCAGGAGCUGGUACCUGAGCAGAAGAUAGUCAUGAAAUGGAGGUUCAACUCAUGGCCUUGUGAGCACUAUGCGACGGUGACAUUGACUUUCAUAGACAAGGGUAAUGAGACGGAGUUAAAGAUUGAAUGUCGGGCGGUUCCUGAGAGUGAAGAGGAACGAACACGAGAUGGCUGGCAGAGGUAUUACUGCCACGCUAUUAAACAGACAUUUGGCUACGGCGCACGACUCUGCUGAACCUAGGAUGUAGCAGCCACAGUUUUUGGCUCUUUCCUUUGUUGUAUUGUUUUUAUUUUUCAUUUCGCUCCACCUACAAAUAAGAGAAGGAUCUGAAUGUGACUCUACUGAACGGCAGGCAUCACAUUGGUCCAUUAUCAUGCUUUUUUAUUUGGAUGAUUUUGAUGUUUACAGUAAAUAAAGAAAAAGAAAUUGAAAAGAGACGAAAGAGUGCUAAAGGGGAGACUUGGGUCAUAUGAAAUAUCUGUAUGUGUGUAAUAUAAUAUAAUUGUUUUAGCAUGGUAACUCUCUGAUGGCACUCCUGUCCUGUCAACGGUCACAGGGUUGAAUGGUGCCUUUUAAUGCACUGGGCGGCUUUUGUCAGAGUUAUGAAAAUUGGAUCUUCAUGAUGGUUUGGAGGAACAAUAAAGAGAUAUUUCAGACCA